CAGAUACCUGGUAGCAUUUCCAGUUCUCAGCAGGAGCCAAUAUUAUCAACCCUUUCGAGUGAUUCUAACAUAGUUCAAGGAAUCCAGUCCCCCCAAGGCCCAGCAAAGAGAUAUUUUCAGGUCAGGAUUUCUAAGCCACAGGCCUCACUUAAGAGAAUGUUCAGCUUCUCAAGCAGGAAGGCGUUUUGUGGCUAAGUCUGACUGAAAGAGAAGUCACUUUGUGUGCGCGCACACACACACACACACAGACACACACACACACCAGAGUAGGGAAACCGUCAUUUUCCUACUCGCCCUCUGACAUCAGCCACCUUCUCUGUAGCUACAGUUUCUCUUCACUCAAAUUAAUCCCUGGCGAUGAAAAAUGAGCCUCUCCCCCACCCUUGCUGCCGCCUUUCGCCUCACGCCCCCAGAGAAGAGUUUCUUCGUGAGGCAGCUGGUGAAGGUUUUUUUCCAAGUCACAUGAUCCAGGAUUCAGGGGAGAAUCCUUCUUGGAACAGAGAUGGGCCCAGAACCGAAUCAGAUGAAGAGAGAUAAGGUGUGAUGCGAGGAAGACUAUAUAAAUGGACCCAGGGCUACAGCAAGCACUCAACCCGCUGGCCCCUUCUCGAGGCGCAGCCAUGCACGUGCCGGCCGGCUCGGUCACCAACCACUUGGGAAGCACUGGCCGUGGUUAUUUCUAUUUCACCACAGCCUUGCUGGCUCUGUGUCUCGUCUUCGCUGUGGCAACCAUUAUGGUGCUGGUAGUUCAGAAGACGGACUCCAUUCCCAACCCACCGGGCAAAUUCCACCUUAAAGGAGGGAACUGCUCAGAGGACAUCUUAUGUAUCCUGGAAAGGGCUCCAUUCAAGAAGUCAUGGGCCUACCUCCAAGUGUCAAAGCAUAUAAACAAAACCAAGUUGUCUUGGAACAAAGAUGGCAUUAUCCAUGGAGUCCGGUAUCAGGAUGGGAAUCUAGUGGUCCAGUUCCCAGGUUGGUACUUCAUCAUUUGCCAACUGCAGUUUCUUGUGAAAUGCCCAGAACAUUCUGUCGACCUGAAGUUGGAGCUUCUCAUCAACAAAGAUGUCAAAAAGCAGACACUGGUGACAGUGUGUGAGUCUGGAGCGCAAACUAAAAACAUAUACCAGAAUCUCUCUCAGUUCUUGCUGGAGCACCUCCAGGUCAACACCACCAUAUCGGUCAAGGUGGAUAAAUUUCAGUAUGUGGAUACAAAUACCUUUCCUCUUGAGAAUGUGUUUUCCAUCUUCCUAUACAGUAGUUCAGACUGAACUGUUUCUUCUGGCUUUUAAGAAGAAAGGAACUCUCUGUCAUACAGCACUUCAUCCAUCCAGGCACUUGGGGGGAAAAAAAGAAAACUUUAACCAAGACUAAAACCACGAAGGGAAUUAAAUAGCACACUUCUCUUUCUGUCUCUUGGGAAGAUACAGCUCCAGGGUUAAAAAAAAAAAAAAAAAAAAAAAAAAAAGGAAAGAAAAGAAAAGGGGGUUUUGAGUGAAGUAUCUUGCAGAAAGAAGGCAGGGAAGCAGUGUGGUGUGGUGGACAGAGACCCACACAGGAAUCAAAAGGGAUGGAUUUAGGCCCUAGCCCAACCAUUAGCUCACUGUAUGACCUAGAGCUAGUCCUUCCCCUCCCUGGAACUCAGGAUCCAUGUCUGAAAAAUCAAGGGGCUAGGUUUGAAUAUCUCCAAAAUCUCUUCCGUCUGUAGAGACCAGGUUCUCUCAUCACAGACUUGUGAACUAAGAUUCCAGGCAGUGUUCUCAAAGCCCCCAGCCAAAGGCCCUGCACACUGGCAUAAAACUGACAGUACUUGUAGUUCUGGCUGCACGUCACCUUGACACAAUCAGGAUUUGGGGACAAGAUUCAGGGCACCUUGCCAAAUAGUACGAACUGUAGGAUCUCAAAUGUGUAAAACUGAACAUCUGAUACCUUCUGGGUAUUUGGAAAACCAUCGACCAGGCAUGACUCCACCUCAGUUAAGACUGCCAGUAAGUCAACCACAGACAGCUUUUGUUUCCUGUCAGGAAAGCGCCGUGAGUUCAGCAGGCACUCAGUCAGCAUGCAGGGGUCAAGGUGACCAGUCAUCCAGUCAAAGGACAGCCGCUGCCAUCCCCCACGUGAUCGCUUUCUGUUCUCUGCUUCAACCAUCUCUCAGGAACCUAUUUCUGAGGAGGAUUUCUAAGGCCCCACAACAUUGUUGAUAGACAACGAUGACUCUGAAAAUGGUGAAAAGGACUUCUGAGGCCACGUCCCCUUCUGAUUUAGGAGGCCAUGACAUUUCAAUCAACGUUUACAUUUGUCCAUUGUCGGCUUCGAAGGAGCACCUUGUUUGUUUGAGAGAAGGACCACUGACUUGAAGUAUAAACCCCUGAGGUUAUGCAUCAGAAGUACAGGGACCCUCACCUGCUAUGCAAAAGAAUGGAGCAAAAUUUUGCAUUUUUCUCAAAUUGAAGGAUAGAAAAGAAAGGAGUUAAGAAUUCAGGAAAGUUUGUCAGAGAAAGACUAGAAAAUAUUUAAAAGAAGGGGAAAAAAACCCAGCAGUGCUGGUAUGGAUGAGAGGGGCUUUGGAGAACAAAAGUGGCUAAGGGAGAGAUUUAAGGCAUUUACUGAGCAGGGUGCUAUGUUGACCCCUCCUAGGUCUCCACUAUGAAAUAUUCAGUGAAGUCUACAUUUCUCUUUAACAUGUUUCUGUGAGUAGAUUCUUUGGGAAGAGUAAGCAUUGGGAAAGGUGUUGAAUUCAGCAAGCCAAGUGAUAGGUGGUAAAAAUAGAGAGGUUUUGAGAACCCAAAGCUACAAGAGAGUUUCUGGUAUUUAUACCCUAACUCUGUAGGAUAAAUGAAAUCUUGCUUAAACCAACUAAUGCACUCUUGAAAAGGUAUCUGCAACCUAAACAUGUGUAAACUAAGCAAAUUUUCUACCAUCUCAUACUCUAACUUGAGAAAGUUUUCAUUUUCAUUUAUCACCAACCCUUCUCCGAGCUGAGGUAGGUACCUUAUUUUUACAUCACAAAGAGUUCUUAAUCUUAGCAUCUGUCAAGCAAUGCUUUGAAAGCCAACAUCUGAAUACACAGGAAGCACAUAAUGUAAAGGAAUCCAGUAGCAAAACAAAAAAAGUACAAGACAAUAAUCAAUAACUCAACUUAUAAUACAUAGGAGUGGACAUCCUAGAAAGUUUGAGAUGAAAUUCUGUCACUCUCUGAGGGUCACCUACCUCUUGGGAAUGUUGUGUGCAAAUGAUACCAUCUAUGCAAGUAAAACAAAUCAUUUUGCUAACUGGGGACCCAGACUACUGAAAACAUGCCUCUUCGGUAAAAACUCACCUGGAGUUCACAAACUUCCACCCCCAAAAUACACACGCACACAGUACACUGGUAGAAUUUGUAGAGGAAGGUGAUGAAUGAGUUGAUGAAAAAUAACAAGUCAGGAAGGAAGGUAUAACUCAAGUGAUAGAGCACAUGCUUAGUAUGCAUGAGGUCCUGGGUUCAAUCCUCACUACCUUCUCUAAAAAUAAAUAAAUAAACCUAAUUGCCCAUACCCUCCAAAAAAUAAAUAAAAAUUAAAAUAAAAAAACUAACAAGUCAGUGUAAAUGUACUCCUGCCUUUGUGAAAAUUCACAGGACUUUCUUCAUCCACAUUUGACAACUUUUCCUUCACCCAGUUUCUCCAUCACACACUGAUGUCUCCUGUAACUCCCUUAUCCAACUUCUCAGAAUCGCUCCCUGUCACAAAAAGGUUGGCUCAGAGAAGGACCCAGCACCCCUAGCAGGGCUGAUAUGAAUGGGCACCAAAGGGAGGAAGUACUGAGGGAAACUGGGCAGAAUUUACCACACAAGGGAGGCUUCCAGAAUCCCUGGAAUUCCACUGAUUAUUCUGGCACUGGGAGACAAAGCCUGUAAGUUAACAGAAGUCAGUCAGUGUCAUCUGUGGAAAGAUCCUGAGAGAUCAGCUAAGCUAGCGUUUGAACGGAAGCCCAGUUUGGGGCAGAGUCCCAUAUGUGGUUGGUAGCUGAGCUGGGAUUUGAGCCCAGCCUCCUGACUCCGUUAUCUCCCACUAGGUCCUACUGGUCUCCGCCAACAGCCUUUGUAUAACUCCUCAGGUCACAUCUUUCCUGCCCUGCCCUGGAGCAGUUCCCAGCAUUCAGGGAUUCCUCUGUUUCUCCUAGCCCCUCUCAAAUCAAUCCAGGAUCAUUUUAAUGUGUCUAUAAAUUCUGUACAUGCUCAAAUCACAGAAAAAGGUAGUAAAAGUAUCCCAUGAUGUAAAAGUUCUCUCUCUCAGAAACUGAAGAAAUAUAAGGAUGAUAUUUUACAAUAAAAAAAUUAAAAGCAUGUUUUAAUUUGAGGCUAUGCAUAUAUGUGUGUAUGUAUAUGUGUGUAUAAGUAGGUAUGUGUAUAUAAGUAUGUGUAUAUAAGAGUGUACACAUGUGUAUAUUAUAUACAUACACAUAUAUGUAUGAGUGUGUGUAUAUGCUUUUCCCUAAUAAUUGUUUUACAGAUCAUAUAUUUAACCUAGGGUCAAAGAAGGAAGUCUGUUCUUGCUUUGGAUAUUGUAAAACUUAUGUAUGCUUGUAUUUAUUUUUAAUUUUAAAAAGAACAGAAAGUAAUAUUUUUCCCAUGCCUUACCAGUGUAUUUAAUAACUAUUACUGUUUUGCUAUAUUUGCUUCUGCUUCUUUUAAAAAAAUGUAACAAUACAGAUAAAGUCUCACCCCUCCAUCCAUUUCCCUAUGCCUUCCCCAGAGGUAACUACUGCCUGGAAGUUUGCAUGUCUCCUUCACUUACAUAAUUUUUAUAUUUGUUUACCCAUAAGAAUAUAUGGUACAAUUUUGUGCAGUUUUAAAUUUUUCAAUAAAUGAUAUCAUAUUUUAAAUAA